UUUAUAUAUUAUUAUUGUGAAUUUCUAAGCCAAUAAUCAUACACUGCACUCUCAUCCCAACACGACGGUAAUUUCAUCGAACACCUAACGCGCGAUGCCGACGGGUGAACUCCGUUACGCAUCGCCUCCGAAGCCGAUGGCGAAUUCCUCCGCCGGCGGUUACGAGGACGAGGGGUGGCUGUGGGCACAGAUUAAGGCGGAGGCACGCCGCGACGCCGAGUCGGAGCCGGCGUUGGCCAGCUACCUCUACUCGACGAUUCUCUCUCACUCGUCUCUGGAACGUUCUCUUUCGUUCCACCUCGGUAACAAGCUUUGCUCCUCCACCUUACUCUCCACCCUUCUCUAUGAUCUCUUCCUCAACGCCUUCACCUCCGAUCCUUCCCUCCGAUCCGCCGCCGUCGCCGACCUCCACGCCGCUCGCCAACGCGACCCCGCCUGCGUCUCCUACUCCCACUGCCUCCUCAACUACAAGGGCUUCCUCGCCUGCCAGGCGCACCGUGUGGCGCACCUUCUGUGGCAGCAGUCCCGGAGGCCAUUGGCGCUGGCGCUGCACUCUCGCAUCGCCGACGUGUUCGCGGUGGACAUUCACCCGGCGGCGAGGAUCGGAAAGGGGAUUCUGUUCGACCACGCGACGGGGAUGGUGGUGGGGGAAACGGCGGUGAUCGGGAACAACGUGUCAAUUCUGCACCACGUGACACUGGGUGGGACCGGGAAGGCUGGUGGGGACCGGCAUCCCAAGAUUGGGGAUGGGGUGCUCAUUGGUGCUGGUGCCACCAUUCUGGGGAAUAUUAAUAUUGGGGAAGGUGCCAAGAUCGGUGCUGGCUCGGUGGUUUUGAUCGACGUGCCGCCACGGACCACGGCGGUGGGGAAUCCAGCUAGGUUGGUUGGUGGGAAGGAGAAGCCCUCUAAGCAUGAGGAUGUGCCUGGCGAGUCCAUGGACCAUACUUCCUUCAUCUCUGAGUGGUCAGAUUAUAUUAUUUGAAUUUCAAAGAUGAAUUUUUUUUUUUGGUGAAUAAAAAGAAAGCUUGAAACCAAAUACUAGUUGGAUUUGGAUGGCUUUAGAAGCAAAUUUGCAUUUUCUCCCUCCUAUAUGUGAUAAGCAAAUUUGGAUUUUCUUCUCCUAUGUGAUUUGCUGUUCUGGGAUAAAAUUAUAGUUCCCGUGUUAUUAU